ACCUCACAAAUCUCAAUUUCUCAUUUCGCAUCUUAAACUUCCCAAAAUUUCAAUUUCGUUCCCAAAUUUCCCUUGAGAAAAUUUCCGAUGGCGCCCAAGGCUGAGAAGAAGCCCGCCGAGAAGAAGCCGGCCGAGAAGACCGUGGCGGAGAAAGCGCCGGCGGAGAAGAAGCCCAAGGCCGGCAAGAAGCUCCCCAAGGAAGCCGGAGCGGCCGCCGGAGAGAAGAAGAAGAAGAGAAACAAGAAGAGCGUGGAGACCUACAAGAUCUACAUCUUCAAGGUCCUCAAGCAGGUUCACCCUGACAUUGGGAUCUCCAGCAAGGCCAUGGGCAUCAUGAACAGCUUCAUCAACGACAUCUUUGAGAAGCUUGCUCAGGAGUCGUCCAGGCUCGCAAGGUACAACAAGAAGCCCACGAUUACUUCUCGGGAGAUCCAGACUGCUGUGAGGCUUGUGCUUCCUGGUGAAUUGGCCAAGCACGCCGUCUCUGAGGGGACUAAGGCUGUGACCAAGUUUACUACUGAGAAGAAGCCCGCCGAGAAAAAGCCGGCCGAGAAGACCGUGGCGGAGAAGAAGCCCAAGGCCGGAAAGAAGCUCCCCAAGGAGGCCGGAGCGGCCGCCGGCGACAAGAAGAAGAAGAGGAACAAGAAGAGCGUGGAGACCUACAAGAUCUACAUCUUCAAGGUCCUCAAGCAGGUCCACCCUGACAUUGGGAUCUCCAGCAAGGCCAUGGGUAUCAUGAACAGCUUCAUCAACGACAUCUUCGAGAAGCUUGCGCAGGAGUCGUCUAGGCUCGCCAGGUACAACAAGAAGCCGACGAUUACUUCUCGGGAGAUCCAGACCGCUGUGAGGCUUGUGCUUCCUGGUGAGUUGGCCAAGCACGCCGUCUCUGAGGGGACUAAGGCGGUGACCAAGUUCACCAGCUUUUGAAGGAUUUGGGUUAGUUAUUGUGAUUUGGGGGAAAAGUUAGGGUUAGCGGUUAGGGGUUUAUGGGUUUUGUGAUUGUUCAAUUUCUGGAGUAGAUGCUUUUAUGAUGUAUGUAAGUAGUAAUCGGUGUUCUUUGGAUUGGAAUUGAAAUGAAAUGGAAGGACCUUUUAUCC